AUGUUCAUUCUUGGAAUCAUCGUCUUCUUAAUAUGCUACCAGGCACCCUUGGUCAACACUGCAAAUCCCAAAUUCUUCCCAUGUGAUGAUAAAAUCACCUGGCAUGGUGACUUUUCUGUAGACUGCCAGCAAAGAAACCUCACAAGGGUUCCUCGGAUCAAAUCUCUCUCUGUUGUAUCACUGAACCUAGAUGGAAAUCGGAUUCGUCAGAUCAAGCAUGAUGACUUCACAGGCAUACCGAACCUACAGUCACUUAGUCUGAGCUGGAACUGUCUGCCAGAUCGACUUAAGUCACUGCACACACCAUCAUGCAAUCUGACAAUAGAUCCGAACGCUUUCGUCAGCCUCAAGAACCUCAGCUCACUCCUGUUAGCAGGAAAUAGCUUAACUUCCAUCCCUCUUCUACCAGAACACCUUAGGAUCCUGGGACUGGAAUAUAACCACCUCUUUUACAUUGACCAACCUCUAGGUACGCCAUUCCUCAAACAGCUACUACUUGCAAAAAACUGCUACUAUGCCAACCCCUGCAACCAGGCCUUCUUCAUUAGCCCACGGGUGUUUCAGGACCUGCCAGAGCUUCAGAACCUCACCCUUGGUUUCAGCAACGUGACAUAUAUUCCCACAAACCUCCCCCGUUCCCUGGAAAGCCUGGACUUACAAGAGAACAACAUCACAGAAAUCACAGAGGACUCCUUUGCAAACCUUACCCGGCUUUACUACCUCGACCUGGCGUGGAACUGCCAACGAUGCGACCAUGCUGCUCAGCCAUGCUUCCCAUGCCCCAACGACACAGCUCUCCAACUGCAUCCACGUGCCUUUCAUGGCCAGGCUGAAUCACUAACUACCCUCAGCCUCCGAGGUAACUCCCUCCGCUCUAUUACCCAUGGACUCUUUGCCCCACUAAAAAAGCUUCAGACUCUUGACCUCUCAGACAACCUUCUUGCCUAUCCCAUUCAAAAUGGCACCUUUUUCCAGGAGUUACCAAAGGUCCAAUCACUGAACCUUCGUUAUAACUAUGAGCCGCUUAAAAGCUUUUCUGAACUAGUCCUGUCACCUUCCAUUGGCAAAAUGACUUCAUUAAGGUACCUAUUUCUGAGUGGGUUUUUCUUUCAUCAGCUAACCAACCGGAGUAUUGAGCAUCUUAUCCGCUUGCCAGGGCUUGAGUACCUGGAGUUGCGCAUGAACUUCAUCAAUUCUUGCAACAUGAGUGCCCUCAACCAGUUAAAAGCUCUGAAAAAGGUGGUGCUGUCCCAGAAUAUGAUUAGCUUUAAUCCAUGCAGCUCAGCCAAACAUACUGAAUGGCAGUCAAACCCCCUGAUACAAGUUAAUAGAGAGAAUGAUCAGACCCGUAAUCUUGUAGACUCCGACAAUGAAAGACUACAAUCUGGACAGGAGAUCGGCGGAGAGGAUGCAUGUCCCCUGGGUUAUUCCAUGAAGUUUUUUCAAGCACAGCUCUGCAAGAAAAAGAUAUUUUUUGAUCUAUCCCAGAAUAACAUCCCACUCUUAAAUGCAAGUGUCUUUAGAGGUAUAGAAAAAGCUGAGUGCUUAGACCUGUCCUACAACUAUAUGAGUCAAACCUUAAAUGGCCAGCAAUUUUCUCCCCUUAGCAACCUGUCAUACCUUAACCUGGCAUAUAACCGCAUUGACCUGUAUUUUGAGGAGGCCUUCCAGGAGUUAGCACCCACUCUGAAAGCUCUGGAUCUCAGCAAUAAUGAAUUCCAUUUCCUUAUGCGGGGAAUGGGUCACAACUUCACAUUCCUGAAAAAACUGACCUCGCUGGAAGCACUAAGUCUUUCAAACAACAACAUUGGCAUUCGGAUAUCCAAAAAUCUGACAAGUGCUUCCCUUAAAUAUUUAUUUUUCUCCGGGAAUCGUCUGGACAUCAUGUGGGACUCAAGGGGUGAUCAAUAUUUACACUUCUUCCAGAAUUUAACUAACCUUACACAUCUGGACAUAUCCCAGAACCAGCUCAUAUCAUUUUCCCCAGAGGCAUUUAUCAACCUUCCUCCAAGUCUACGUGUGCUCAGAGUUGAUUCCAACCUGCUAAAUUACUUCCCGUGGAGAAACAUCUCAGUUCUAGGUAAACUCUGCUAUCUGAACCUCAGCGGAAACCAUCUUUCAGACUUACCCGACAUUGCCAUUCAAUUUGGACCCAAUCUCACGAGCUUGGACCUGAGCCAUAACCGUAUCAAUGCAAUUCCAGAGGCCUUCUUCAGCCAGGCAACAGCCCUUAAGAACCUUAUGCUAAACAAUAACCAGCUCAUGACUCUUGAGUUCUUAAGCUUUCCUCCUGCAGUACGAGGUGUCACUGACAUCUGCCACAGAUUACCUUGCAAACUGACAUUGCAUGUGAACCCUUUCACUUGCAGCUGCUCCAGUUCCUGGUUUGCCGAAUUUCUGCGAAAGACCCCUGUUAAUGUCCCACACCUGACCACAGAUGUCCGAUGUGAGUUCCCAGAAUCACAGCGUGGGGUAAAUGUCUUGUCUAUAGACCCACGUUCCUGCCAGGAGAUAUUUGGCAGUGUGGCCUUCCUAUCUACGCUCCUUUUGAUUAUUUUAGUGACUUCUCUCCCACUUAUGAGACACCUUUAUGGCUGGGACCUGUGGUACUGCAUCCAGAUACUUUGGGCAGGACACAAGGGCUACACCCCGCUUAAUGGUAACAGCAAGGAAGAUGGCCAGUUUGAUGCAUUUGUGGUAUUUGACACAAAGAACCAGGCAGUUAGGGAUUGGAUCUACAAUGAAAUGAUCAUCAACCUAGAAACCAGUGGGAGGAGGAGGUUCAGGCUAUGCUUGGAGGAGCGAGACUGGGUACCAGGCGUUUCGUGCAUUGAGAACCUUCACAAUGCAGUUUACAACAGCAAGAAAACCGUAUUUAUACUCACUAAUCCAAAUGGGUACGCUCGGGUAAGUGGGGUGGUCCGGCAAUCAUUUCUCCUUGUACAGCAGAGGUUGCUGGAUGAGAAGGUAGAUGUGGCAGUUCUUGUUUUGUUGGAUCCUCUGUUUCCCAAGCUAAAAUAUCUCCAGAUGAGAAAGAGGCUGUGUAAGAAGUCAGUUGUGUCCUGGUCCAGGAACCCACGGGCCCAGCCGCUGUUCUGGAAUCACUUACGCAUGUCUCUGGCUUCAGACAACAAACAAUUCUAUGACAAAAACAUCAUGGAGAGCUUUCUAUCACAUGACUUAUUGUGA